CUUUCGCUGUUUGUUUUGGGUUGUUAAACAUGGAAGACAGGUCAAGUCAUGCACCGCUAUUUUAACGCCAUUAUUUUUCCAGUUUCUCACCAGUCAUUAUGUAGAAUUGGAACAAUUUAUUGAUUUACCACAGUGUUAUCGCUUGACUGGUAUUCGCUUGUUAAAACAAAAUCAUGCCUGGUUCUGAGGAGUGCUUAUUUUCACUAGAACUGGUAGUCGAGAAAUUGUAUAUUCCUCACAUUACCUGCAGGUUUCCAAGUGUAGCAUUUCGACUGUUAGAUUUUCCUACAAUUGUUAUCAGUCAUGUGGAGGAUGACCUCGGAAAAGCUAUUAGAAGGAAAAUUUCUUUUGAUUCGGACUAUAAACUUCCAGACCAGUUUGCUGAAUUGAAAGAUAAACAUGGAAACUUUAUGGUCAGGAAGGGCAAGUCAUGUCUGUUCAAAAUGGUUGCAGAAACGCUGAAGAAUCAUCUUAGCACUACUCCUUUGUAUGUGAUGGUCAUUGAUAUGUUUCCUGAGACCCCAAAACUUGUGGGUAACAGCACUGUUCCUCUCAAUGUACUCAUGGAUGCAGUAUGUGCAGACUUGAUUCGACUUGGUCCUUCUGUGCCUUCAGCUCAUGGUGACAAAGGUUUGUUCAAAAUCUAUAAUCUCAUGGGAAGGGAAGUGGGAUAUUUUGUACUUGGUUUCAGACUUCUGUGUCUUGGCCCAAGUUUGAUUCCACAUCUUCCUGAAGCUGCACUUGUUCCAAGACAGACCAAGAAAAGGACGAGACAAGAAAAUUUCAAGAAUGAGCAGAUUAUUGAAAUGAUGCAGUUAAGUCAAAUUGAUGCAAAAGAAGAAGACAGCACAGAUAAUUGUGUUGAAAUAAAAACUACAGGUUCCAUGACAGAUGUUUUGAAGCAAGAUGCCUUGAUGCAGACAGAGGAGAUGGCUGAUAGGGCUGUGAAUGUUGACAUUCAAGAUGUUUCAGCAUUUCCACUCCCAGUAAACACUCUUACCCAAGCUUCCAAAGAUGUUAAUCACUGUGCUACACAAACAGAGAAGAAAAAAAUUAAGACUUUGUUGAAUGCCAAGCAGAAAAUACUUGAAGAUUUGCUGCUUUGGGAACAGGAUGACAAAGAUGAAGUUUUGAUAACAAACAUUGUUUGCCCACCCCCCUUGUUUUAUAACAGUGAGGCUAUGCCACCAGUUGAAGUAAAUUAUGAUAGUUGCUCCUCAGACACAGAACUCUUUAUGACUGAUAUGCUCACUGUAGAAAGUCUGACGGAUGGAGAGGCAGAAAUAGAUGUUAAACCCAUUAACAAAGAAUUAAACCAGAAACAAAAUACUUAUCCAAACAUGGGAGAAAUAAUGCCACCUCCACCACCUGUCAGCUACCAAACUACUGCUUUCAAUGUUAAGUCCAACAAAGAGCAAAAUAAGAAAAAACCAGGACAGGUGCCAGACUAUGAGCAAACCCAAAAAGCUGCUCCUCAGCCAAAUGAUGUCUUCCCACUUUUAAGUGCCUUGGUGAAAGAGCUUAUGUGCAUCCAGAACCCAUCUUUAUUUCAGAAUAUGCCAUUUCAGAUGCCUCCUCAUAUUUUUACCAGCUCUCCUCAUAUGAUGCCUGAGGUUUUACAUAUGCCAAAAUCUCAAGGGAUGCAAGAAGUAUCAAAGAUGAAUGGGGCUUAUGUGACAGCAGGAAAAACAGAGAAAGAAAUGGAUGCAGCCAUAAACAUGGGUCCAAUAGAAGAAAAGAUUCCUGUUGAAAAAGACGUUUUCAGGAAACAAGGACGCAUAGGUCAUAGUAGAUGUGCUCAUCCUUACCCAGGUGUUCCCAAAGAAAAGAGCUGGCUGCGUUCUGUGCCAGAGCGCAGUAAGAGGAAAAGUAAACUGACAUUUGGUUUAACAAAUACACAGCGUUUGAGACUCCAGAAGACCAAUCCUUCAUGGCUAAUAGCUAUGGAGAGAAAUGAAGCAGUAAGGAAACCAGGGCAGUUAGCAAGUUCUGCUAGGCACAAUUCAUGUGAUGAUCUUAAUACUACCACCUUAUCUGACACACUGACUGAGGUACGCCGUCAGGCACAGAAAGAGCUGGAGAAGACAGGUCUAGAUGAUACUUUUAAGUCAGAGAGUAAUUUACAUGCAGCGCCUUUAUCAACUCCCCACAAAGAGCUCAAAUAUAGACAUAAAUCCUCAACAAAGAAGCAAUCCCUAUCCAGAGGCAAGGCUACCAAUGGAUCUUCUAAAGGGCAUAAGAAAGAUCUUGUUGAGAAGAACAGGCUAACCCAUGAAGUGAAAUCAGAAAAAAAUAUUCAAUCAGCUGAUAGUCGGAAAAAUCAAACUGGUGGCUCUAAUGAGCUUCUCCUGACUACAGGCAGCGAUGUACAAAGCUCUGGUCGUUCCAUCGAAGUGCAUAUACCCAUUGUAGAUGCAUCUCACGAUGAUGUCAGCGAGCCCUCCUUUACAGAUUCAGGUGACGAAAGUCCCAUUCCUCUUCCCGAUGACAGCUACAGAGGAAAUGGAAAAAUAUCUGGCAGAUGUGGGUUCCCUACUUAUUUGAGACAUGACAAAUCUCUGCCAGAUGCCAUAGAAGGCCAGCCAAACAGCUCACUGAAUACAACUGGCAUUGAUGAAAACUCUCCUCUUGAAUCCACUAGGAACUCGAAACAGUACAGCUCAGAGUUUAAGAACUCUAAAACUUUGCAGUCAACUGAUGAUUGUGAUACAAAGAUUUUCCAUUCUGGUAGUGAACCAGAACUACAGGGUCUUGUCAGCGAUGAUGAGGAGCAAGAUGAUCAAAAGGAGGUGGAAAGACAUAGACUGGAAAAUAUCAUUCAUCGAUUCCCAGUCAUUAAUCCAAUGUUGUCACAGCAGUCACCCAUACCAUCAAUGCGUCACUCAGUUGUCAAAUUAGAUCUUAGCAAAAGUCAGAUACCUCCUACACCCAGAAAGGAUGACAGUCACCUGCUAUCCUCAAGGUCAGAAAGCCCAAAACGUCCAACCCCAAGACCACGCAAACCUACUAAAGACUUCAGGGAGUCAGCACACACAGACUCUAUUAGUUCAUACAUACCCUCUGACCCUGACAAUCUUGUGGUUUCCAUUAGCAGUGGUGAAGGCAACUACUCAGAUGAUUUUCAGGAUAUGGCUGCUCUUUCCAAGCUAUCUACUGAGAAACCUAGGAUCAUACCCUCUACUCAGCUUGGUUACACAAUCUAUUAGCACCCUGAAACAUCAUCACCUAACCUAUUUCAUACUUGCGGCAUGCCUUGGAAAUUUAUGCCUAACCAAUUUUUGUUAUCACUGAUCUGUAUGUACACAUAUCUGAGUAAACAUGAAGCAAGCCUUAGAAAAUGACAUUUGUUGUUUAGUCUUGUCUUCUGUUUAAGGUUUCCUUUUAUUAUGGACUAGUUAUAGCAACUUUGAGAUUGCCAUAACCCUUCAAAAGAGAUUGUGAUAAUUGAUUGCAGCAUAAGCCAGAUUUUGUUUCCAAUGAGUGAAGAUUGUUUGCUCUUUUGCUUGUGUGUAAAACCAGAAGACUGAUCAUAAGCUGAAGUUGAAUGUUAUAGCUCCAAACCUAGGCUAGUCCAUAGGACUGCCCCAAAAAAAAAAUUAUAUACAGGUCUCAUGGCUUGAAACAAUAUCUGCAUAUGGUAUCAUAGGUGGUGAGAAUUGACUAUUCCAUAUUAUGCUGCAGAUAAAAAUCAUAAUUUACCUUUCCAUGUUGCAUUUCCAGAAACAUGUUUAAGAGUGUAAAUACUUCAAUUGUUUUAAACAAUCACUAUCAUUGCUUCCCAACUUUCAGUCAUGAUUUAUGAAAAUGAUGACUAUUUUUAGUCAAAAAUAGAGUGUCUGAGAACACUGCACUUUCUUUUCGUUCCAUACUAGCACUAAUUUUUGCGUGUAUAUUGUCAUUUUAUUAAGCUGGUUUGUAAAUGUUAAGAAAAUAGAUUUGCAUUAUUAUUAUCUUUCAAUAAAUAUAGCAAAUAUAAUUUGUGACUCAAAUCUACAUUACUGCACAGUAUUCUCUUACAUAUGUUCAGAAUUAUGUUAUAAAACUUAUACUCAAGUGAUUAUUAUUUAAAGCUACAUUUAGCAGUAGGUCCUUUUUGUGGGGCCAUAUGAAAGUUUCCUGAACAUACACCAACAAAAGAAAUAGUUUAACUCUCUCUCUCACACACACACACAAACAAUAAGCAUUAUUAAUUAUUGUGCUACUUUUACAUCAUUUAAAGAUGUAAAGGGUGAUUUGCAUAAAAUUUACUUACAAUCAUCACUCAUAACAAUAAAUGCUGGUGACAAAAACCGAGAUAGAACAUAAAUAUUUAUGACAAUUAAAAAGUGACAGAAUAAAGCAGAAAGUGCUGAUUUGUUCAAAUUAUAAAUGUAAGAUGAGCACAGCAGGUUAAAAUAAAGCAGCAUCCAAACGAAUUUGAGGGUUGAAUGCAAUCAUUAUCGCCAUAAAGAUUAAUAAAUAAAUGCUUCUCAUGUCACUUCCCAAAUGUAUGCACCACAUGAACAUUUUUUACCCUUUUCAUCUGCACCAAUCAGCAACUAAGAGCAACCCUCCUAUGCUUUUGCCACCUA